CAGAUUCCCGAAGUAGAGUUCUUAAUCCGCACCCAAACUGACGGCUCCUGUUCAAGAAGAAAAAAUUCUCGAAGAAAAUUGCACAGAAAACUGUGAAAAUAAAGCAGAAAAUUGCAAAGAAAAAUCUUAAAAUCAAGAUAAGCGAAUUAAGUUUGGGGCGUGGGCCUUUUGCUUAGCCAUGUCCCUGGAGUAGGUGAAAAAGUGGAAAAUCUAUGGAGCCCUCCAGCAAAUCCUGGCUGCUUUGCAGCAUCCUUGUGCUCCUGACCAUUGCCGCAGUCAGUGCAUCCGAAGAUGAAGAGCGCUUGGUGCGUGACCUCUUUCGAGGCUAUAAUAAACUCAUACGACCCGUACAGAAUAUGACACAAAAAGUUGGAGUAAGAUUUGGUUUGGCGUUCGUACAGCUAAUCAAUGUCAAUGAGAAAAAUCAAAUUAUGAAAUCAAACGUUUGGUUACGUUUGGUUUGGUUCGACUACCAGCUGCAGUGGGAUGAGGCCGACUACGGCGGCAUCGGGGUGUUGCGUCUGCCCCCCGACAAGGUUUGGAAGCCGGACAUUGUGCUCUUCAAUAAUGCCGACGGCAACUACGAGGUGCGGUAUAAGUCCAACGUCCUGAUCUACCCAACGGGCGAGGUCCUGUGGGUGCCACCGGCCAUUUACCAGAGCUCCUGCACCAUCGACGUCACCUACUUCCCCUUCGAUCAGCAGACCUGCAUCAUGAAGUUCGGCUCCUGGACCUUCAACGGUGAUCAGGUGUCCCUGGCCCUCUACAACAACAAGAACUUUGUGGAUCUAUCGGAUUACUGGAAGUCGGGCACCUGGGACAUUAUCGAGGUCCCGGCCUAUCUCAACGUCUACGACGGCGAUGCUAACCACCCCACGGAGACGGACAUCACAUUCUACAUAAUCAUCCGUCGCAAGACCCUAUUCUACACGGUCAACUUGAUUCUGCCCACAGUUCUCAUCUCGUUCCUCUGCGUGUUGGUCUUCUACCUGCCAGCCGAGGCCGGCGAGAAGGUUACGCUUGGAAUUAGCAUUUUGCUGUCACUGGUUGUGUUCCUGUUGCUGGUAUCCAAGAUUCUACCGCCGACGUCACUGGUGCUACCGCUGAUCGCCAAAUAUCUGCUGUUCACCUUCAUCAUGAACACGGUGUCCAUCUUGGUAACUGUGAUCAUCAUCAACUGGAACUUCCGAGGGCCGCGCACCCACCGCAUGCCCAUGUACAUCCGCUCCAUUUUUCUGCACUAUCUGCCCGCAUUCUUGUUUAUGAAGCGGCCCCGGAAGACUCGCCUGCGCUGGAUGAUGGAGAUGCCCGGGAUGAGCAUGCCCGCCCACCCCCACCCGUCGUACGGCUCGCCGGCGGAGCUGCCGAAGCAUAUCAGCGCCAUCGGGGGCAAGCAGUCGAAGAUGGAGGUCAUGGAGCUGUCGGACCUCCACCAUCCGAACUGCAAGAUCAACCGCAAGGUCAACAGCGGUGCGGACCUGGGCCUGGGCGAUGGCUGCCGGCGGGAGAGCGAGUCCUCCGACUCAAUCCUGCUCUCUCCGGAGGCCAGCAAGGCCACCGAGGCAGUUGAGUUCAUAGCUGAGCACUUGCGGAACGAGGAUCUCUACAUACAGACCCGUGAGGACUGGAAGUACGUGGCCAUGGUGAUCGAUCGCUUGCAACUGUACAUCUUCUUCAUUGUGACCACGGCCGGAACGGUUGGCAUUCUGAUGGAUGCCCCGCACAUCUUCGAGUACGUGGACCAAGAUCGCAUCAUCGAGAUCUAUCGGGGAAAGUAAACCCGGAUGGAGACCGGAUGGAGGAAGCUUGGGAGCAGCCCUUGGCUAAUUAAAAUGGUUAACAGCAUUGCAAACGCAACAAUAAUAAGCAAAUGAAGUAUUGAGACAAAAGUAAACAAUGAAAAAUUGCAACAAUUAAAGCGGAUUUUUAGAUUUUAAUAAUUAAACGUACACUAAACGAUAAUUGCUUGGGCAGAAUUAACACCUAACAUAACUAACUAAUAUUAAAUCUUUUGGUAAACACACGAAUCGGAACACUAACUCACUAACUAACAACUCUAACGAACAGUCGAAAAACUUGAAACAAAAGCAAAUAAUUCACCAAAAUCACAGAAGCAACAAAUGUUAAAACAAAUGAAUCAAAACCUAGUGGAAUUGUGAGUAAUUUAUAAUUUUUAAAACGAACUUAGCUAAUACAGAUGUAGAGACGUACAUAUAUAGAACGAGGGUUUAGUUUAAGUGCAAUAACGUUUUGUCAGGACUUUGUUAUUAUGUUGUGCCGAAACUUAAACUUAAGUAAUCCAAUUUAACGAAUAAGAUUUAAGAACGAACACACUGAAUCAAUUUGUAAAUGCUUCUCGAUCAAAGCGGCUAGCAUGGAGAUCACUUAUGAACCCGGAGCCAGCAUGAAACCAAUAAAAAUGCAAAGUUAAUUAA